AUGUUGGAGGAAUGUAACAAAUAUGGAAUUAGUUUUAUGAAAUGGAUAAAUGAAAAUAGAACUAGAUUGAUGCAAUUUUUGUCAGAAUCUGAUAAAUUAAUAUUACCUCAAUAUCCAAAUUAUGGCGAACAAUUAACUGGUGGAUGUAAAGGAUUUGGAAAAAAUAUAAUGCACUGGCCAGAAGAUUUAAUUGUUGGUGGAAUUGAGAGAGACUCUAACGGAUUUAUUCGACACGCAGAAGGAUUCCAAACAGUUUUCUUAGUUGCUUCAGCUGGAGAUGUUCAACACAGAAUUUCUAGUGAAGGCAUUCGUGUUGUCCAUCCAUUAGCGUCCACUUCCAUUUCAGAAAUGUUAGAACAAUUCAGCGAAUUCCAAUUCGGCACAAUAUUCAUAGGAUAUAUUUUAAUGAUUAUUUAUGCUGGUUGGUCUCAAUUACAAUGGGAUGGAUUUUGGUUUUCUUCACGUUCUAGUUGUUUAUUAGCUGUUGUUGGUGUACUUAUGAUUACUUUUGCUUCAGUUGCGGGUUUGGGAGUUGCCACAGCUAUGGGAAUUAAUUUCAAUGCUGCAACAACUCAAAUUGUUCCUUUUCUUACUUUGGGGCUUGGUAUAGAUGAUAUGUUUCUUUUACUUCAUAAUUAUAAUGAUGUAUUAGAAGCUGUUAAAGAGAAGGAAGUGGCUGUAUUACUUAAAGAGACAGGAAUGUCUAUCCUCAUAACUUCUAUCAACAACAUUCUUGCCUUUGUAACUGGUUGUAUUUUACCAAUACCGGCACUUCGGUCAUUUUGUGGACAGACCGCCAUUCUAUUAACAUCCAACGUUCUCUGUAUUAUAAUGCUCUAUCCAGCAUUUAUUGCCCUAGAUUUGAAGAGAAGAAAGGCUGGUUAUCGUGAUAUGCUUUGUGGAGUUGAUUAUUGCUACCGUUAUGUUUCAUCUCCAGCUAAACAAAUUGUUGAACAACAUCCAUCUGGGAAAAGAAAAUUGGAAGAAAGCAGCAGCCGAAAUCAAUUAGUCAAAACAGACUCUGAUUCCCCUUCUUUAAAUAAUCAAUCAGAAAUUGAUUUACAACAAAUGAGUGAAUCUGUAUUUGGAACAGGCCCAGCACUUAAAACAAAAUUACAAUUAAAUUGUGAACAAACAGAAAAUAAUUUUAAUGUAAAAAAAUUUGUAAAUAAAUGGUUGACAUUGAAUGGGUUUUUACAUGAAGUUUAUAUUCCAACAUUGAGGAAACCUAUUGCUAAGGCAACUAUUCUCUUCUGUUGUUCUUCAAUGUUUCUCUUUGGUUGUAUAGGCCUUUACCAAUCAAAAAUUGGUUUAGAAUUAGCUGAUGUUCUUCCUGAAGAUACAGCUCCAGCUGCGUUUUUAAAAGCUAGAGAGAAAUAUUUUAGUUUCUAUCCAAUGUUUAUUGUUCCUAUGGGACCGGGUGUUGACUAUUCUAGACAACAAAGAAAAUUGGAACAAUUGAGGGCUGAUAUUGCUCAAUCUGAAUUUGUUAUCAAAGCAGAUGGGAAGCCAGAAGCCUAUUGGAUGAUAUUUAUGCGUUCUUGGCUUCAUGCACUUCAAGCCCAUUUAGACAAAGCCCGACGUGUUGGAAUUCAGCCAACUGAUACUCUUACCCAAAUUGCAGCCUCUUCUUUAGCUAUUAAUUACACACUUGCUGAUGAUUUUUACUUGGCUAGAAGAUUACUUUGUUCUAGAGGAGAGGAAUAUAAUUGUUCUAAUAAAUUACAAACUCGACUUAUUGAUUCUGAGGAUAUUAUCGAUUCUGCUGGAUUUUACAAUUAUUUAACUGCUUGGUUUCAUUUAGAUAAUAUGAUGUAUUAUGUCUCUCAAGCAGGCUUUUUUCCAACUCCUCCAGGAUGGCGGUUUGUUCCUUCAGAGGAAAGUGUUGUCCCUCAAGCAGAACCUUUAAUUUAUUCUCAAAUUCCGUUUUAUAUGAAUGGAUUGACUGAAACACCUGCAAUUGUUCAAAUGAUUAAAGAAAUCCGUGCCAUUUGUGAUCGUUAUACAGCUGAUGGUUUCCCUGUAUAUCCUACUGGUAUUCCAUUCACAUUUUGGGAACAAUAUUUGCAAUUAACAUUUUAUUUGUUUGUCUCAAUUUUGACAAUUGCAACGGCAGUUCUUUUGGUUAUCUCUGUUAUAAUUUUUAAUCCUUGGGCAGCUGCAAUGGUAGCAAUUAUUGUUGUGUCGAUGACUGUAGAAUUAGCUGGAUUUAUGGGAUUAUUUGGUGUUAAAAUGAAUCCAAUUUCAGCAGUUACUUUAAUUACAGCUGUUGGAAUAGGUGUUGAAUUUACUGCACACGUUGUUCUUGCUUUCCUUACUUCUCUAGGUACUAGAGAUGAAAGGAUGGUUUCUUGUUUGGAUCAUAUGUUUGUUCCUGUAAUUCAUGGUGGUCUUUCAACCCUUUUAGGCAUUGUUAUGCUUGCCUUUUCUGAAUUUGAUUUUGUUGUUAAAUAUUUUUUUGUUGUUAUGUCUGCCCUAGUUAUUAUAGGAUUAAUUAAUGGUUUAGCUCUUUUGCCAGUACUUUUGUCACUUAUUGGGCCCCCUUGUGAGAUAACACCUUUUGAUGGUGAUGGCACUCAAUUAGCUUGUCCUUUAUCUAAACGACAUAGUAGUUCUAAUAGCAGUAAUAGUGGUAGAAGUAGUGUUGUUAAUCCUUUUAUGAUAGCACUUCCACCUGAUUCUGAUAUUAAAAAACAAAAAGUGGAUGUUUUAAAUGGUCUUAAAACAACUCAAAAUCCAAAUAAUAAUAAUGCUGCUAGUUGUUCUUCUUCCUCUUCUACCUCUUCUUCAGAAGCAAGUCCAAACUCUUCCUCAUCAUCUCCAACUUCAAGAAGUUCUGAAAAUAAAAGACAAAACGAAGAAAAAGAGCAACAACAAACAACAAUACAUAAUUAUCACGAAUCACUUUCUACAUUAUAUGAAGCAUCUACAAAUACAAGUGGAGCUGAGGAAAAUAUUAAUGAAAAAAUAAAAACACAAAAUAACAUUUAA